AACUCUAGACUUAAAAAACUCUAUAAAUAACAAAGACAGAGUCUUCAUUAAACAUCAAUCCAAAAAGAAAACAAUCCUUCAUUAGCUGACAUUUCAUUACAAGUUACUGUAACUUUUCAUCAUGGCUGCUCAAAACCAUCUCCAAAUUACCAUUCCUAAAGAAAAUCAAACACCUGAAAAGGAUUUUGACUACUCUCAAAGAGCACAAUGGCUUCGAGCUGCUGUGUUAGGAGCAAAUGAUGGAUUAGUCUCAGUUGCAUCCUUGAUGAUGGGGGUUGGAGCUGUUCAAGAAAACGUUAAAACCAUGAUUAUUACUGGCUUUGCAGGGUUGUUUGCUGGUGCUUGUAGCAUGGCUAUAGGAGAGUUUGUCUCUGUCUACUCUCAACUAGACAUAGAGCGAGCUCAAAUGAAGAGAGACAAAGCAACAAGAGGACAGGACAGAGAACAUGAACAGCUGCCAAAUCCAUUUCAGGCAGCAGUAGCCUCGAGUAUUGCAUUCUCAUUGGGUGCCAUUGUGCCAAUUCUUGCUGCUGCAUUCAUAGCAAAUCAUAAGUUGAGGCUUGCUGUGAUCGUGGCAGCGGUGAGCUUAGCAUUGGUAGCAUUUGGAGGAAUUGGUGCUUUCUUGGGCAGAAGUCCUAUGGUGAAAUCUUGUGCCAGAGUUUUAAUUGGUGGAUGGAUGGCUAUGGCCAUUACCUUUGGCCUUACUAAGCUGAUUGGCUCUACUGGAUUGGAAAUGUGAUUGAAACUUUAUGUUCCUGAAUCCUAACCUGUCUUUUGUUCUACUUUAAUCUCAUGUAAUCAAGAAACUUGUAUUGCAAGUUGACUAAAUCUAUUGUGUUAUAAUACCACGAAACAUUCUCUGAACCUA